GUUUUUUGCCGCUGGCAGGGAACAAAUAGCAGGCAGCAUGGACCACGGUUGCUGGGCAGGAUGGGGAGCGUCUGUGAUCAGAAAUAGUGAGAUGGGAAGCUGCACUUAGAAGACCCUGGAGGAUGCCUGACAAGGGGGUGUCCAACACAUGAUAAAGUUGGAGCUCUUUUUGAAAUGUUUCUUGCCCUUCUGGAGCAGAGGAGCCAUUAUUUAUGCAGGUGAAAUAAGAUGAAGAACUUACUUCUCUUGGCUCAUGUGAGUAUGGAGAAGAAUGCCUCCAAAGAAAUGAGAGAUUGGUUUGACAGGAUCAGUCUUGUCACAUUUUUGGAAGUUAAGCCUGUGAGUUAAAGGGCAAAUCCCAGAGCCCAGUGUGUGACAGACUGUGACCUUCCUGCACCUGUGGGGGGUCUGCAUGGAUCACCUGCCUAGACGGGUACUGAUAAGGUAGAACAUGGUAAUCCAUUACUGAGUUUGCAAAUGUUUUCUCUUUGGUUCUUUUAAAACUGAUUUUACAGCCAUAAAGUUGGGUGAUGGAAAGAUUGGGUGGGAAUUUGGGAGAUGGGAAGAGAGGUGUAAUCUGGUUCUGGGACGCAUUAGUAAAAUGUGCCAUUUGGGUUUUACAAAGACUCAAAAACUGUCUUUAAACCUUGGCAGUUCAUAAAAUCUGAUUGCAUGUUGUAUACCACAGUCUUCAUUCCUCUGAGAAUAAAGGAUUCCGUUAAGGAGAUCCUCUCUCUGGGGCAAAAUCCAGCUCUUCUCAUAGCAGUUGCCAGGGCCAUAGCAAGGUCCUCAUUGGCACAAAGAGUCUGAAGGCAAAGGUGAGAUUCCAAGGAGCAGAGCAGAAAGAGCUGUGGAGGAGGCACAGAGAUGGGAACUGGGCCAAGUAGGGGGCUCACAGGCUUAUGUAGUUUUGGAUCCAGGACGCUUCCGUCACCAGAGAUGCAAUUUAGCAGGCAUCAGGGUGUUUGUGACCAUUUGACUCAGAUGUUAGUCACAGGAUGGGCAGUUUGCAAAUAACUGAUUAGGUGAAAGUUCUUGUGGAUGUGAAUAACAGAGAAUUUCCAUAGAGAUAAGGCCAGCCCCUGUAACAGGAAUUGCAUUGCAAAGUUUAACUCACUGAUUGGAGCACAGCUGCUGCCUACCUUCUGCCAUCGGUAACACACAACCCUGUUCCUCUCACUACUCUUGAGUUGUCACCACAUGUGAUCAUCAGUGAGAUAUUGCUGAGAAUGAAAACAUUAACACAAAAAUCAGCCCCUUUCUUAAAUGAAAUGCAACUGGAUUUCUUAGCAGAUCUUUCAGUUGACAGCCAAAAGGAAUGGGGAACAACACAUCAUUUCAGAGGGUUCAGGAAGGUUGAGGGUGGAAGAGCACUGGACCUGAGAAUCAGGAGAUGGAGGGAAGGGUUAGAGGACGAGGUCCUAGUUUCUUUGCUGCUGGUGACUUGCUGUGUGACCCAAGGGAGUCACUUCCACUCUCUGAGCUUCAGUUUCCUAAUCUUUCAAACGGAGGUUUUGGUUGUUGCCUUCGGGUUGUCUUCACUGCAACUCAGAAAGAUAUUACUAAAACAUAUUGGAAGUUGUAAAAUGUUGGUGACUUAUAAGCAAUGUAGAAAGUAUGCAUUCUUUAAUAAAUGAAAUAAUAUUGGUCAGGGUUUAACUGCUGUGUCUGAGUUUCUGCACUGUCUAAAUUUUGAAGCUUAGUCAGAGAAAGUGAAUACUAGAUUGACAAAAUUCAGAUUUUGGUCAUUGAUCAUAACAUGUGCCAGCAUCCAAAGGGUUCUAGGUCUUCUGAUACCUAAGGUUGCAGAGCUCCUGCUCCCAUGGAGUUCACAAACACCUUGAAAAAGCAAACAUUCAAUGCAUAAGUCAACAGACUAUCCAACAGCAAUCAAGUCACCACAGAAAUAGAGGAAAACUGAGAGAUGACCUCCAUAGGGAGGGUCCACAGGUCCUAGCUCCUUAAUGAUGACCAAACUUAUUUAGGGUUAUAUCCCUCUGAACCCAAGUAGGGACCACAGACAUCCGCUACCACACCUGGGUAAUUUAUUUUCACUUUUAUUUUAAAAUUUUUUUGUAGCGAUAGGGGCUCACCAUGUUACCAAGGCUGGUCUCAAACUCUUGGGCCCAAGCCAAUUCAUUUGUCUCACCCUCCUGAAGCUCUGGAAUUACUGACAUGAGCCACUACACUUAGUCAACAAUUCAAAUUUCCAUAUAGGUACAAACAAAGGGCAUGGACACAUAGGGAGAGGAAUAAUUAACACUGGAGGAAGAGAGGCAGAAAUCAGUGAAGGUUUUGUAGAGGACAUGGCAUUUUAUUGAAGUCUUGCAAGAUUGGUAUUUUAGCAGAUAGAGGAGACGAGGAACAGGGAGGGCCAUCUAGCCAGGCUCUAAGGCAUCAAAAUGCAUGGGGUGUGGGGUAAUGCAGAGGGAGAUGAGGCUGGAAAGAUGUUACAUUGAGAUAUGGACUGGAUAACACAUGCAAAGGACCCAGGGUACAAAACUUAAGGAGACAUAUAACUGCUUUUUCAGGAUUGGGCAAGUGCAGAGUUUGUGGCUUUUAAGCAGAGGAUUGAUUUAAAAAUUUCCUGUAUGGGGGACUUCCACUUAUGGGAAAAGAUACUUUUUCUUUUUCUUCUGAAGUACAACUAAAAUCUAUGGACAUUAUAUACAAAACAAACAUAAGACUUGAAUAGGUGGAGAGAAGAAGGAAAGCUAGCUAGGGACCUUGGGAUCCAAGUAUUAACAUGGUAGUGAGUUCCCUAAGUUUUGUUUUUUGUCUCAGACUUCUAAACUUGCAGCUGAAGAAGCAAGUAACUUGGAAACACCAAUGGGUUCAGAAAAAAGAGCCCCAACAAGAGACUAUUUUUUUUCUGGCCAAAAGACCAGGAAAUGGGCAGCUCAAUGAGACGGAAAACUUUUAGAUAAUAGCUUCUGCAUUCUAGGCAAACAAAGUACAAACAACUAUGGCCCUAUCCCAACUCCACCAGUGAAGGCUGAGUAGAGAGCCUAGAUGUCUACCCUUACCUAGCUGUAAAGAAGUAUCCCAAAGCACCCCUCCACCAGAGUGGUGUCAGAGAAGGCUGAAUAGAGAGCUGAGACUCAACUCUGGGUGAUAACCUGACCCCUGUGGUAUUAGUGGAGACGCCUUGGGGAGUCUGGAUUUCCUCUCUGACCCAGUGGUAAUGGGGCAACUUUCCACCUUGCUGGGAUUAACCUGGGGUGACUGGCAAAAUAUUAGGGAAAGUUAUAGAUUAUAGUCUCAAACCUUUUGGAAGGCUGAAAGAUUUUAUUGGGGCAGGCUGAAAGCGGCUGGUCCAUUACGUUAGGGAAAAUAUAGGGAUAAUAAGAGGUUUUCCUAGUUUAAAUCUGUUUACCCCACAUCCCUUUGUUUCUAUUCUGUUUACUCACAUAAAAUUUGUGCUGGAUGAUCCUCUCAGGGGGGCUCAAAGGGGAAUUACCCAUUAACAGUGUUUACUCUGGGCCCUGGAAUCUCAAGUUUUUAUCAUUCUUAAAAUUACUCUUUUAACCAUGUUAAUUAUCCACAAGCAUGUUAACUUAGAACCUCUGUUGUAAAAUUUUUACUGAAUGAAUGUGUGGAGGGACAGAGGGUCUUGGUCUAUUGGUGUCAGUCACCCCCGGAAAGCAGCCAACGACUAUCCCUAGCCCACUCGGAUCACUGAACCAGGUGUGCAUUUAUUCAUCCGUCCUUGAGUCAGGGUCUGCAGGACAGACCUCUGUAGGUGAUGAUCAAUGUCUCACCACCCAACUGCUGGGGUGGCACCAGAGGAGGCCUGGGGAAAUUGCCUGACUUUUCUUAUCUCACAGUGGUAAUGAGGCUACCUUCACUUCAGUGUCAGUGGAGACAAAAACAUAAAGGGAUUUUCCCGUAGUCUUCAAUAUAAGAACCUGGGGAGCUCUGGGAGAUAUGACUCAUGAAAGUGUGCCCCCACCACCAAAACAAACCAAAAUUGGGCCCUCAGGAGUUUUAAAAUAUGCUAGUCCAUAUUCAUCAUCCAGGAAGAUAUCAGUUACCAUUUAAGUGUUCUUACCAGUUGCUGGCUCUGGCAGUGCCUCUGCUCCUAAGCUGGUAUUCUCUGUAUGCCCCUCUCUCUUUAAUUUUGGGGGUGGUUCUUUGCCCUGUGACUUCAGUUUGCUGGUUGACUUAAGAAUUGUUGAUUCAGCUUUUAUUCAGUCAGUGUAUUCAGCUUUUUUACUUGUUGUGAGGAUGGGAAUAAAUACUCCCAAGGUCUUCACAUGUUGGUGCAGAAACUGGAAAUUUUGUGUUCAUUUUUACCCUUUUUUCCCUUCCUAUAUUGCAGUUUGGAUAAUCUCAACUUUCUUCAAGUUCACCAAUUCUUUCUUCUGUCAGUUCAAAUCUGCUAUUAAGACCUUGCAGUGAAUUUUACAUUUCAGUUAUUGUACUUUCCAAUGCCAUAAUUUCUGUUUGGUUCUUUUUAAUAAUUUUUAUCUUUAUUGAUAUUUUCUAUGAUGAGACAUUGUUCUCAUAUUUAGUUUUUUGGACAUGGAUUCCUUUAAACAAAUUUAAAGACUUUAAAAGUAUUUUCGAGUAGGGUCAAUGUCUGGGCUUCUUCCAGAAAAGUUUUUAUUUAUUGCUUUCCCGUCCUUUAUGGGCCAUACUCUCUUAUAGACUUUUUUUUCUUGUAGGCUUUUUUGAAAACUGGACAUUUAAAAUAAUCUAACAUGGCAUCACUGGGAAUCAGAUUCUUAACUAAAACUUUUCUCUGAGAGAAACAAAACCUGAAAAGGGGAGACUGAGUAUUACAUGGCUUUUAAGAGAGUAUUUAGGCAUAUCCACUUCCAUUCGUGCUAACAUGUAUCUGGAAGUGGAAUGGAAUUCAGAACUCCAUGAAAGAGAGCUGAUGUCCAGAGGACUGAUGUCACACAGCCUGUGUCCUGAUUGGCACAGAAGUUGGAACUAGAUUAAGGAUAACCAUUCUGCUAGCUCUCUCUGGUGGAAGACUCUUUCUAAAAGCAAGCUCUUCAACUUUGGAUGUUAAUCAUUGGAAUUUUCUUUCUCAAGUUAAAGGUUUGAGAAAUUCCUGAUAAGAUGUCCUAUUCCCUGAGGUUUACUUUGACUGUAUGUUUUUUUUACUGUUGGCUUUCAUCCAGCCAUGAAGUGUUAGAAGGUGGUACGUCAACGUCUUUUGGCCUCCAUACAGUAAUUAUGCUUGUCAUUGCUGGUGGUAUCCUGACGGCCUUGCUCCUGCUGGUAGUUGUUGUGCUCUGUCUUUACUUCAAAAUAGGCAACGCACUGAAAGCUGCAAAGGAAUCUGGUCACAACCCAGACACGGUGUUGUACACCAAGAACAGCCAGGCCGAAACCAUUGCUACGGAGUCUUACCCUGCCCUACAGUGCCGUGAAGGAUGUAGAAUGUAUGCCGAUUUUGACUCCCUGCCACCUUGCUGUUGUGACAUAAAUGAGGGCCUCUGACUUGGGAAUGGUGGGCACAAAAAUCUUCAUGAGCAGUAUUUCUUUCUUAAUAGAAUAUUUUGUUAUUCGAAUCAAGUUCUAGGGUUUUUAUGUGAUACUAUAUAAUUUACAGUGUUGUUUUAUAUACUUUUGAAUAAAUGUACAAUAUUAAAAAGAA